UCCUCUCGGCCUGUUCAUCGUAUUUCCAGAGCCUAUUUCUGGACCACCCCGAAAAACAUCCAAUUGUGAUAUUAAAGGACGUCCGUUUUGCCGAACUACAAACCCUAGUUGAAUUCAUGUAUAAAGGCGAAGUAAACGUGCAAUAUUGUCAGUUAUCGGCACUGCUGAAAACGGCGGAGUCUUUAAAGGUCAAGGGUUUAGCAGAAAUGACAAAUCAGAAUACAACCCUACGCGAGCCAGAACGUGAACCUGAACGUCUACGACCCCAUUCACAGCCCUGUAAAAGUAGUAGCUCAUGUGACAGUCCUGUCGACGCCACUCUAUCGGGUGCCUCCACAUCAACGUCCAAUAUAGUGGCAUCAGCGACAGCCCCAUCAAUAGCAGCAACAUCAGCCGGCGCAGCAGCAGCAUCUACACCAACAACAUCUGCCACAACAAAUGCCUCCAGCACAACUUCGGCUGUCGUUGCCACAUCAUUAAGUUCGAAACGCAGCACCAGCCAUGAACAGUCAUCAACGGCAACAACAGAACGUUGCAGCCCCUCACCUCCAAAGCGAAUUCAUGUCAAAUCGGCAGCCUCAAUACAAGACCCUCAGCACAGGGGUUCGCCACAACCUCUAGAUCUCUAUCAAAGACGUUUGGAUCAGCAACUGGAAGACAGCAAGGAGAAUUCCCUUGUAAAUAAUAAUAAUGCCACCGUGACAUCGGGCAGCGGUACCGCAACAACAACAUUGUCGACAUCAACAACAACAACUACGUCAAAUGAAAAGACACGAAGUACAACACCUCAGAGUUCGAUUAGUGGGACCAUGUCGACGAAACAGCACCAAUCCACACACGAAGGCGUGGAUGAAACGGUAAUGAAACAGGAACGACACGACAGUGAUCGUGAUACGGGUCGUGAAUCACCCGAUCAGCUGGGCGAUGUACAUAGAGGCUUGACCAGACGUGGUGAACUUGAGGAUUCGGGGGUGGAGAAAAUCGAAGAUAUUGAAGAUGUCGAUUAUGGCGAUGAAGAAAUGGACUUGGACGAUGAUGGUGAUAAUAGUUCCGAUGACAUUGGCGGGCUAAAUAUGAAAAUCGGUAGUAGUAGCUUAGCUGCCGCCUUAGUUAGUCCCAAUUUACGUGUAGGCCUGGAAAGUGGCCUAUGUUCGUUGAGUGGUAGUCGUGAACGCGAUCGUGAUCGCGAUCAUGGUGAUGGUGGCGGCGGUGGUGGUGGUAUGGAAUCGUCACGUUCAACACCCCUAACCGGUAGUGCUGCACUCGCAUUAGAUUCGCAUUCGUCGCAACGUCCAGCAUCGCGCAGUUCUCGUGAUGGUUCGGGCUUGGAUCGUCCCAGUAGUAGGGGUGGUCUGAGCGGUUUACCCUCUACCUCUGGCACAUCUCUGGCGGGUGGUCUAAGUCCCAGUUCUUCGACGGCAGCUGCAUUGGGUUUGGUCAGUGAUACACUUGCCGGACCGUCGGGUUUAGGUCCUGUGCAGUCGGUGCCCUUGUCUCUUAAAAAGGAAAUCGAUUGCAGUGAAGAUGACAACAGCAACAGUCGCCAUCUACAGCCACGUUCCGCCUCAGCCAGUGGCAUUCUAGGCGGUGAAAUCGAUUAUCGAACCUCUCACGAAUCGGAAACGUCUGAAUCGCCACAUGGCUUAGGCUCUGCUGGCAUUUCCAAUGCCGGUGGCAUUGGUGGUGGGUCCAUUGGCAGUGGUGGUGUGGGCGGUGGUGCUGGCAGCAGUAGCCUCUGUCCCAGUGCCUCAUCGUCCAUCAACACUGCCUCCUCCUCCAGUUACAUGCAUGAUCAUCCGCGUACACCACCACCCUAUUCCUGUGUUUAUUGUGCUGCCGGUUUCCCCACCCAGAGUAAAUUGACACGCCAUAUUCUGUCGCAUUCGCUAAAGACAUUGGAAUACCGUGAAAGCGCCGCCACCCAUCCCCUCUUACAUCCGCACCUGUUGACGCACGACUUAAAUAUGUCACCGUUAGCAUACCAAAUGAACGCGGCCAUGGCAGCCACAGCCGCCGGGGGUGAUCCCCAGGAACAGGCGGCUGCCGUUGCCGCCAUGGCCAUGGAUAUUGAUUUUGCCGCCGCCAUAGCAGCGGCUGGUGGUUGUGCUUUUUCCUCGCUUGCCAGUUGUACGGGUCGUGGUUUGGAUCUCGAUGGAAGUGGUGGUGCCGGCGGCGGCGGUGGAGGUUCAUCGUCAUCGGGACGUGGUGGCCGCGAUUCCAGAGGCGGUGCUGGCGGUGGUGGUCGUGGCAGUGGUCUGGACGAUGAUAGUCGCACCUCAUCCGGUAAUGGUGGUUGUCCCUCGAGCAGUCUAUCGCUGUUAAGUGGCGCUGGUUCGUCAACAUCGGCUGCAGCGGCGGCGGCCGCAGCUGCUGCAGCAGCAGCCAGUUCAUCGGCCUCAUCGCUGCUGGGUUCGUCCGCAAUGUCGUCCAAUGAUCCGAAUAGUGUUGUUCUAUGUAAAUUCUGUGGUAAGAGUUUUCCCGAUGUUACCUCACUCAUACAACAUUUGCCGGUGCAUACCGGUGAUCGGCCGUUUAAGUGUGAAUUUUGUGGUAAAGCGUUUAAAUUGCGUCAUCAUAUGAAAGAUCAUUGUCGUGUUCAUACAGGUGAACGUCCAUUUCGAUGUCAAAUGUGCGGCAAGACAUUUUCACGAUCAACGAUAUUGAAGGCGCACGAAAAAACUCAUUUUCCCAAAUAUGCCCGGAAAUAUUUGACCCCAAGUCCGGUGGAUACAAAAGAUGAGUUGCCGCAAUAGUGAAACGAUUUUAGUUUAUUAUUAAAUUAUUAUUAUUAUUACUAUUAUUAUUAUAAUAAUAACAAUUAUAAUAUAAUAAACCAAAAUAAUAACAACAAC